AUGGGAAACCGGUUGAUGCUACUACUGGUCUGGCUGUGUGGUGUGGCGAGUGAACCGUCGGUGUGUCCCGCCGGAGCUUUUUGCAAAGCGCGAAGUGGUGCGCCGGAGCCGUGCCCCGAUGGCCAUUUUUGUCCUCCCGGCAGCACCGAGCCUCACGCUUGCCCUGGGAAGCACUUCUGUUCCAAUCAAACUGCCACGCCGCAGAAAUGCCCGGCGGGCUACUUCUGCUCGCCCAAGAGUAGCAAGCCGACGCUGUGUCCCCUGCACCACUACUGCCCUGAGCAGAGCUCCGAGCCCCGCGUUUGUCCGGCGGGAUUUCGAUGCGAGGGCCAGGACUUGCAGAAGGUGCUGCGCGGGUCGCUGGCCGAAGCCUUGCCGUGGUGGAAGCAGCUGACGGCCUCCACCGAGAAGUUUGCGCUCGCGGCGGGUUACGCACACAGCCUGGCCAUGUUGAAGGGACAGGUGUGGGCAUGGGGUUUGAAUGACAACGGCCAGCUGGGGCACAUGGUGAAUCAAUGGCGCCUGGUCAAAGUACCCUCCAGCAAAAACUUUGCGGCAAUUGCUGCUGGUAUUUACCACAGUUUGGCUUUGUCGGAUGAUGGCACCUUGUGGACAUGGGGAGCUAACAGCGGUGGUCAGCUGGGGAUUGGAAACACAAACGACCAGCUGAACCCAGUCCAAGUGGCAGUGGGCAAGAAAUUGGUGGCAAUUGCUGCUGGUGCUGACCACAGCUUGGCUUUGUCGGAUGAUGGCACCUUGUGGACAUGGGGAGCUAACAGCGGUGGUCAGCUGGGGAUUGGAAACACAAACGACCAGCUGAACCCAGUCCAAGUCGCAGUGGGCAAGAAAUUGGUGGCAAUUGCUGCUGGUGCUGACCACAGCUUGGCUUUGUCGGAUGAUGGCACCUUGUGGACAUGGGGAGCUAACAGCGGUGGUCAGCUGGGGAUUGGAAACACAAAUGACCAGCUGAACCCAGUCCAAGUCGCAGUGGGCAAGAAAUUGGUGGCAAUUGCUGCUGGUGCUGGCCACAGCUUGGCUUUGUCGGAUGAUGGCACCUUGUGGACAUGGGGACACAACAGCCUUGGUCAGCUGGGGAUUGGAAACACAAACGACCAGCUGAACCCAGUCCAAGUGGCAGUGGGCAAGAAAUUGGUGGCAAUUGCUGCUGGUGGUGUCCACAGUUUGGCUUUGUCGGAUGAUGGCACCUUGUGGACAUGGGGAUACAACAGCCUUGGUCAGCUGGGGAUUGGAAACACAAACGACCAGCUGAACCCAGUCCAAGUGGCAGUGGGCAAGAAAUUGGUGGCAAUUGCUGCGGGUGAUUACCACAGUUUGGCUUUGUCGGAUGAUGGCACCUUGUGGACGUGGGGACACAACGCCAAUGGUCAGCUGGGGAUUGGAAAGACAAAUAGUCAGGCCAGCCCAGCCCAAGUGGCAGUUGGGGAGAGCUUUCAGCUCCCCAACCAUUUUUUUCUUUCGGCUUGGUGUGAUCCAGUUGCCUCAGCCUAUCCUUACGGCGCGUGCGAUGCAUCUGCCAGCAGUCCCUUCCCCUGCAGCUCAGCAUUUCUGAAGGCAAGGUCCUGCAGCGAAUCCGAUGGCUGCAGCAUCUUCGUGGGUGCGAAGGCAGCUGAACCUUGCGAUGCAGGAACAUUUUGUCCUGCAGGCAAGGGCUCUGCCAUCACCUGUCCUGAGGGACAUUUUUGCAACACGCGCGCCGCCCGGCCGGAGCCCUGCGCCGCCGGCUUCGUUUGCCCUGCCGGCACCUCCAACCGCACCACGGGCGCUGCUGCUGAGGAAGCCCCAGUGGCCGAAGAAGGCUUGAAUGUGUUGUGUCCUACGGAGCUGAGCGAUUUGAAAGUAAAACACGCAGCAUUAAAGAAUCAAGCUGCGGUUUUUGCUGCAGAAUUGGAUGAUGUGAGGGCAAAGCUGGAGCAAACAACUGCAGCAAAAGCCCAGCUUGAACAGACAUCCAAGGCCGAAUUGGAUGAUGUGAGGGCAAAGCUGGAGCAAACAACUGCAGCAAAAGCCCAGUUUCAAAAGACAUCCAAGGCCGAAUUGGAUGAUGUGAAGGCAAAGCUGGAGCAAACAACUGCAGCAAAAGCCCAGUUUCAAAAGACAUCCAAGGCAGAAUUGGAUGAUGUGAGGGCAAAGCUGGAGCAAACCACUGCAGCAAAAGUCCAGUUUGAACAGACAUCCAAGGCAGAAUUGGAUGACGUCAAGGCAAAGUUGGAGCAAACCACUGCAGCAAAAGUCCAGUUUGAACAGACGUCCAAGGCCGAAUUGGAUGAUAUGAAGGCAAAGCUGGAGCAAACCACUGCAGCAAAAGUCCAGUUUGAACAGACGUCCAAGGCCGAAUUGGAUGAUGUGAAGGCAAAGCUGGAGCAAACCACUGCAGCAAAAGUCCAGUUUGAACAGAUGUCCAAGGCCGAAUUGGAUGAUGUGAAGGCAAAGCUGGAGCAAACUACUGCAGCAAAAGUCCAGUUUGAACAGAUAUCCAAGGCGGAAUUGCAUGACGUCAAGGCAAAGCUGGAGCAAACAACUGCAGCAAAAGUCCAGUUUGAACAGAUAUCCAAGGCAGAAUUGGAUGACGUCAAGGCAAAGCUGGAGCAAACAGUGGACCUGAAGCAGAUGUCCCGAGCAGAGGUGCAGGUUGUCAAAGGACCUUCAGAUAUCGGAAUGACCUGGUAUGCAAGUCUUCUUAUUGCGGCCGGGGCAGGGUGGUGCUUUCUGUGGUUUGUUCACUGGAGGAAAGCGCUGCUAGAACAGGACUUACAGGACAUCACGACAAGGUUCGAGCAAACAUUUGCUGCAAAAGCACAACUAGAAGAGACAUUGGAGGAUGUGAAGGCAAAGUUGGAGCAAACAGUUUCCGCAAGAGCUGCAAUCAUUGAUUUUCCUGUGGGGACCUUUGUCCAAGACGAUUGGACGGUCAUAGCAGUCCAAUGCCCCGGGGUGAAGAUCCAGGACAUUCGCGUGGAGUACUGUGAUGGUCCCAGGCAAGGGAAGAUCCAAAUCGAUCGCAAGGAAGCGCUCGGUGUUCAGCCCCUGCAGUGGGAACAUCCGAUCCACUUCGACUCGCCCCAUGAGUUUGUGCCGUCCGAGACAAGGUGCGAAGAUGGUCUCCUCCUUGUGAAGUUCAGGUCCUUCCAACCGCAGCUGCAGGUGUUUCAAAUGGGGCAAGGGUCGCAACCUUGCCGCAUGGCGUUGGAUGAUGGUGGCGAGCCGAGCGAGAAGCGCAAGGCCAUGUCCCAGGCCUUGCUGAGGAGGGACGUUCCAGCGCAAGCAGCUCCUGUUUGUCCUCCUGGAAGCCUUGCUAGGGAGGCCCGCCCCGCAGAGCCCGCCAGCAAUGACAAUCAAACCGUCUUCCCCAACUGUGCCAUGGUUCAUUUCCUGCGGGUGGCCGACAUGGUAGUUAUUGAUUCCUUCGCCGCUCCACUCUCCGCGAUGUGCUGCUGGGUGGCGCUGCUGCUGACCUGGCUGGUUGGCGCCACGAGUGAACCACGCCUUGGCAGUUUGACUUGUGAAGGGGUGGAAAGCGAUGGAUAUCGGUGUGUCCCGCCGGAGCUUUUUGCAAAGCGCGAAGUGGUGCGCCGGAGCCGUGCCCCGAUGGCCAUUUUUGUCCUCGCGGCAGCACCGAGCCUCACGCUUGCCCUGGGAAGUUCCAAUCAAACCGCCACGCCGCAGAAAUGCCCGGCGGGCUACUUCUGCCCGGCCAAGAGUGGCAAGCCGACGCUGUGUCCUCCGCACCACUACUGCCCUGAGCACAGCUCCGAGCCCCGUGUUUGUCCGGAGGGAUUUCGAUCCUUGGCUGCCAAAGAAUGGAACAUAUCGCAAGGAUGCGAGGGCCAGGAGUUGCGGAAGGUGCUGCGCAGGUCGCUGGCCGCCUUGCCGUGGUGGAAGCAGCUGACGGCCUCCACCGAGAAGUUUGCGCUCGCGGGGGGUUGGCGGCACAGCCUGGUCGUGGUGAAGGGCCAGUUGUGGGCAUGGGGUCGGAAUGACCACGGGCAGCUGGGGCUCAGCAACGCGCUGAAUCAAUUGCGCCCAGUCAAAGUACCCUCCAGCAAAAACUUUGUGGCAAUUGCUGCUGGUCAUGAAAACAGUUUGGCUUUGUCGGACGAUGGCACAUUGUGGACAUGGGGACACAACGCCAAUGGUCAGCUGGGGAUUGGAAACACAAAUGAUCAGGUGAACCCGGUCCAAGUUGCAGUUGGCAAGAAAUUUGUGGCAAUUGCUGCUGGUUCUCACCACAGUUUGGCUUUGUCGGAUGAUGGCACCUUGUGGACAUGGGGACACAACGCCAAUGGUCAGCUGGGGAUUGGAAAGACAAACGACCAGGUGAACCCAGUCCAAGUGGCAGUGGGCAAGAAAUUUUUGGCAAUUGCUGCUCGGGAUAAUUGCCACAGCCUGGCUUUGUCUGACGAUGGCACCUUGUGGACAUGGGGGUGUAACAGCUAUGGUCAGCUGGGGAUUGGAAACGCAAACGGCCAGCUGAACCCAGUCCAAGUGGCAGUUGGCAAGAACUUUGUGGCAAUUGCUGCGGGUGUUUACCACAGUUUGGCUUUGUCGGAUGAUGGCACCUUGUGGACAUGGGGAUACAACAAGUUUGGUCAGCUGGGGAUUGGAAACAAAAACGACCAGGUGAACCCAGUCCAAGUGGCAGUUGGCAAGAAAUUGGUGGCAAUUGCUGCUGGUGAUUACCACAGUUUGGCUUUGUCGGACGAUGGCACAUUGUGGACAUGGGGACACAACGCCAAUGGUCAGCUGGGGAUUGGAAAGAAAAACAACCGGCUGAACCCAGUCCAAGUGGCAGUUGGGGAGAGCCUUCAGUUCCCCAACCAGUUUUUUCUUUCGGCUUGGUGUGGUCCAGUUGCCUCAGCGUAUCCUUACGGUGCGUGCGACGUCUCUGCGGGUAGUGCUUUCCCCUGCAGCUCAGCAUUUCUGAAGGCAGGGUCCUGCAGCGAUUCCGAUGGCUGCAGCAUCUUCGUGGGUGCGAAGGCAGCUGAACCUUGUGAUGCUGGAACAUUUUGUCCUGCCGGCAAGGGCCAGGGCUGUGCCAUCACCUGUCCUGAGGGACAUUUUUGCAACACGCGCGCCGCCCGGCCGGAGCCCUGCGCCGCCGGCUUCGUUUGCCCUGCCGGCACCUCCAACCUCACCGGCGCUGCGGAUAAAGCUGCUGCUGAGGAAGCCCCAGUGGCCGAAGAAGGCUUGAAUGUGUUGUGUCCUACGGAGCUGAGCGAUUUGAAAGUAAAACACGCAGCAUUAAAGAAUCAAUCUGCGGUUUUUGCUGCAGAAUUGGAUGAUGUCAAGGCAAAGCUGGAGCAAACAACUGCAGCAAAAGUCCAGUUUGAACAGACAUCCAAGGCAGAAUUGGAUGAUGUGAAGGCAAAGCUGGAGCAAACAACUGCAGCAAAAGUCCAGUUUGAACAGAUAUCCAAGGCAGAAUUGGAUGACGUCAAGGCAAAGCUGGAGCAAACCACUGCAGCAAAAGUCCAGUUUGAACAGACAUCCAAGGCCGAAUUGGGUGAUGUGAAGGCAAAGCUGGAGCAAACCACUGCAGCAAAAGUCCAGUUUGAACAGACGUCCAAGGCCGGAUUGGAUGAUGUGAAGGCAAAGCUGGAGCAAACCACUGCAGCAAAAGUCCAGUUUGAACAGACAUCCAAGGCAGAAUUGGAUGAUGUGAAGGCAAAGCUGGAGCAAACCACUGCAGCAAAAGUCCAGUUUGAACAGACGUCCAAGGCAGAAUUGGAUGAUGUGAAGGCAAAGCUGGAGCAAACCACUGCAGCAAAAGUCCAGUUUGAACAGACGUCCAAGGCAGAAUUGGAUGAUGUGAAGGCAAAGCUGGAGCAAACCACUGCAGCAAAAGUCCAGUUUGAACAGACGUCCAAGGCCGAAUUGGAUGAUGUGAAGGAAAAGCUGAAGCAAACCACUGCAGCAAAAGUCCAGUUUGAACAGACGUCCAAGGCAGAAUUCGAUGAUGUGAAGGCAAAGCUGGAGCAAACAACUGCAGCAAAAGUCCAGUUUGAACAGAUAUCCAAGGCAGAAUUGGAUGACGUCAAGGCAAAGCUGGAGCAAACCACUGCAGCAAAAGUCCAGUUUGAACAGACAUCCAAGGCCGAAUUGGAUGACGUCAAGGCAAAGCUGGAGCAAACCACUGCAGCAAAAGUCCAGUUUGAACAGACAUCCAAGGCCGAAUUGGACGACGUCAAGGCAAAGUUGGAGGAAACAACUGCAGCAAAUUUCUUGCUUGAACAGAUAUUAUCCAAGGCAGAAUUGGAUGACGUCAAGGCAAAGUUGGAGGAAAUUACUGCAGCUAAAUUCUUGCUUGAAUUUGAAGAGACAUCCAAGGCAGAAUUGGAUGACGUGAAGGCAAAGUUGGAGAAAGCAAAUGCAAGAGCAACAGUGGACCUGAAGCAGAUGUCCCGAGCAGAGGUGCAGGUUGUCAAAGGACCUUCAGAUAUCGGAAUGACCUGGUAUGCAAGUAUUCUGAGUGCGGCCGGGGCAGGGUGGUGCUUUCUGUGGUUUGUUCACUUGAGGAAAACGCUGCUAGAACAGGACUUACAGGACAUCACGACAAGGUUCGAGCAAACAUCUGCUGCAAAAGCACAACCAGAAGAGACAUUGGAGGAUGAUUUUCCUGUGAAGACCUUUAUCCAAGACGAUUGGACGGUCAUAACAGUCCAAUGCCCCGGGGUGAAGAUCCAGGACAUUCGCGUGGAGUACUGUGAUGGUCCCAGGCAAGGGAAGAUCCAAAUCGAUCGCAAGGAAGCGCUCGGUGUUCAGCCCCUGCAGUGGGAACAUCCGAUCCACUUCGACUCGCCCCAUGAGUUUGUGCCGUCCGAGACAAGGUGCGAAGAUGGUCUCCUCCUUGUGAAGUUCAGGUCCUUCCAACCGCAGCUGCAGGUGUUUCAAAUGGGGCAAGGGUCGCAACCUUGCCGCAUGGCGUUGGAUGAUGUUGGCGAGCCGAGCGAGAAGCGCAAGGCCAUGUCCGUGAAGAGCCAUGUGCCUCGGUUGAGAUUGGCGGAGCUGAGGAGGGACAUUCCAGCGCAAGCAGCUCCUCUUUGUCCUCCUGGAAGCCUUGCUAGGAUUUCAUGCAAUGCCUUGGUUGUGCUUUACCUGCUGGCUGGCCACGUUACCAAGAAACAACGUGUUCCCAUUUGCUUGCCUGGGCAUGCUGCCCGCCCCGCAGAGCCCGCCAGCAAUGACAAUCAAACCGUCUUCCCCAACUGUGCCAUGGUUCAUUGCCUGCGGGUGGCCGAUAUGGUAGUUAUUGAUUCCUUCGCCGCUCCACUCUCCGCGAUGUGCUGCUGGGUGGCGCUGCUGCUGACCUGGCUGGUUGGCGCCACGAGUGAACCAUCGGUGUGUCCCGCCGGAGCGUUUUGCAAAGCGCAGAGCGGUGCGCCGGAGCCGUGCCCCGAUGGCCAUUUUUGUCCUCGCGGCAGCACCGAGCCUCACGCUUGCCCUGGGAAGCAUUUCUGUUCCAAUCAAACCGCCACGCCGCAGAAAUGCCCGGCGGGCUACUUCUGCCCGGCCAAGAGUGGCAAGCCGACGCUGUGUCCUCCGCACCACUACUGCCCUGAGCAGAGCUCCGAGCCCCGUGUUUGUCCGGAGGGAUUUCGAUCCUUGGCUGCCAAAGAAUGGAACAUAUCGCAAGGAUGCGAGGGCCAGGAGUUGCGGAAGGUGCUGCGCAGGUCGCUGGCCGAAGCCUUGCCGUGGUGGAAGCAGCUGACGGCCUCCACCGAGAAGUUUGCGCUCGCGGGGGGUUGGGGGCACAGCCUGGCCAUGGUGAAGGGACAGCUGUGGGCAUGGGGUCUGAAUGACCAUGGGCAGCUGGGGCUCGGCAACAGGGUGUAUCAGUGGCGCCCAGUCAAAGUACCCUCCAGCAAAAACUUUGUGGCAAUUGCUGCGGGUGAAUACCACAGUUUGGCUUUGUCUGACGAUGGCACAUUGUGGACAUGGGGAUAUAACAGCUAUGGUCAGCUGGGGAUUGAAAACACAAACAACCAGCUGAACCCAGUCCAAGUGGCAGUUGGCAAGAACUUUGUGGCAAUUGCUGCUGGUUAUUUCCACAGCUUGGCUUUGUCUGACGAUGGCACAUUGUGGACAUGUGGAUACAACAGCUAUGGUCAGCUGGGGAUUGGAAACACAAUGAACCAGCUGAACCCAGUCCAAGUGGCAGUUGGCAAGAACUUUGUGGCAAUUGCUGCUGGUGAUCACCACAGUUUGGCUUUGUCUGAGGAUGUCACAUUGUGGACAUGGGGAUACAACAGCCAUGGUCAGCUGGGGAUUGGAAACACAAACAACCAGCUGAACCCAGUCCAAGUGGCAGUUGGCAAGAACUUUGUGGCAAUUGCUGCUGGUGCUGACCACAGCUUGGCUUUGUCGGAUGAUGGCACCUUGUGGACAUGGGGAGCUAACAGCCUUGGUCAGCUGGGGAUUGGAAACGCAAACAACCAGCUGAACCCAGUCCAAGUGGCAGUUGGCAAGAACUUUGUGGCAAUUGCUGCUGGUUAUUUCCACAGCUUGGCUUUGUCUGACGAUGGCACAUUGUGGACAUGUGGAUACAACAGCUAUGGUCAGCUGGGGAUUGGAAACACAAUGAACCAGCUGAACCCAGUCCAAGUGGCAGUUGGCAAGAACUUUGUGGCAAUUGCUGCUGGUGAUUACCACAGCUUUGCUUUGUCGGAAGAUGGCACAUUGUGGACAUGGGGGUAUAACGGCAAUGGUGAGCUGGGGAUUGGAAACACAAAUAGUCAGGCCAGCCCAGCCCAAGUGGCAGUUGGGGAGAGCCUUCAGUUCCCCAACCAGUUUUUUCUUUCGGCUUGGUGUGAUCCAGUUGCCUCAGCCUAUCCUUACGGCGCGUGCGAUGCAUCUGCGAGCAGUCCCUUCCUCUGCAGCUCAGCAUUUCUGAAGGCAGGGUCCUGCAGCGAUUCCGAUGGCUGCAGCAUCUUCGUGGGUGCGAAGGCAGCUGAACCUUGCGAUGCUGGAACAUUUUGUCCUGCCGGCACGGGCUGUGCCAUCACCUGUCCUGAGGGACAUUUUUGCAACACGCGCGCCGCCCGGCCGGAGCCCUGCGCCGCCGGCUUCGUUUGCCCUGCCGGCACCUCCAACCGCACCGGCGCUGCAGAUGGAGCUGCUGCUGAGGAAGCCCCAGUGGCCGAAGAAGGCUUGAAUGUGUUGUGUCCUACGGAGCUGAGCGAUUGGAAAGUAAAACACGCAGCAUUAAAGAAUCAAUCUGCGGUUUUUGCUGCAGAAUUGGAUGACGUCAAGGCAAAGCUGGAGCAAACCACUGCAGCAAAAGUCCAGUUUGAACAGACGUCCAAGGCAGAAUUGGAUGAUAUGAAGGCAAAGCUGGAGCAAACCACUGCAGCAAAAGUCCAGUUUGAACAGACGUCCAAGGCCCAAUUGGAUGAUAUGAAGGCAAAGCUGGAGCAAACCACUGCAGCAAAAGUCCAGUUUGAACAGAUAUCCAAGGCAGAAUUGGAUGACGUCAAGGCAAAGCUGGAGCAAACCACUGCAGCAAAAGUCCAGUUUGAACAGAUAUCCAAGGCAGAAUUGGAUGACGUCAAGGCAAAGCUGGAGCAAACCACUGCAGCAAAAGCCCAGUUUGAAAAGACGUCCAAGGCCGAAUUGGAUGAUAUGAAGGCAAAGCUGGAGCAAACCACUGCAGCAAAAGUCCAGUUUGAACAGAUAUCCAAGGCAGAAUUGGAUGACGUCAAGGCAAAGCUGGAGCAAACAACUGCAGCAAGAGUCCAGUUUGAACAGAUAUCCAAGGCAGAAUUGGAUGACGUCAAGGCAAAGCUGGAGCAAACCACUGCAGCAAAAGUCCUGUUUGAACAGACAUCCAAAACAGAAUUGGAUGAGGUCAAGGCAGCACAAGCGCAGCUUGAAGAGACAUAUAAGGCGGAAUUGGAUGCCGUCAAGGCAAAGCUACAAGAAACAACUGCAGCAAAAGCGCAGGUGGAACAGCAACCGGAACACUUCCAGGCAAAGUUUGAGCAAGCCUGGCCAGCAAGUCUUGCAACUGGACUUGCCGAGUGGUAUGCAUGCCUUCCUUUUGGAACUGGGAUGCUGGUGGCAAUCGCCCUUGUCAGUCACUUUGUGGAGAUGAUUGCAAAGCUUGUCAAGAACGACAGAGGACAUCCUGAUUUCCCCGUCAAGAUGGUGGUGGAAGAUGAUCGCAAGGUCAUUGCUGUGCAUUGCCCCGGGGUCACCAUCCACGAUAUUCGCGUGGAGUAUUACGAUGGUGUCAGCAAAGGAGAGAUAAAAAUCGAUCGCAAGGAAGCGCAGGGUGUUCCGUCGUUGCAGUGGGGAUGGACAUUCCACUUCGACUCGCACCAUGAGUUUGUGCAGUCGGAAACAAGGUGUGAAGAUGGCAUCCUCCGCGUGAGUUUCAAGUCCGUCACACCGCAGCCACAGGUGUUCCGCGUGCCGCAAGUCUUCCACAUGGCCCUGGAUGAUGAGUCCGAGAUGUCGGAAGGGAAGAUUUCGAAGGCCGAGAAACAUGAGGUCAUGUCCGUCAAGAGCCUUGCCGAGGAAGGAAACUCCAUCGUCAGCUACCCCGGAUCUUCCUGGGAGCGGUGCUCGGACUGA